AUGAGUCCUUCAAGCCUCUUACAGUUUGUACCUUUGCUCAUCCUGUGUGGAUGUGCGAUGUCACUCGCUGGGAAUGUCCUGGUCCUUCCUGGGGAGUACAGCCACUGGAUCAACAUGCAAGCCAUCGUAGAAGAGCUGGUGAAGCGCAACCACAGCAUCACGGUGCUGGUCAGCACAGCCUCACCCACAGUGGACUACAGGAAGAAUGAGAACUUCAACUUUGAGGUUCUCCAAGUGCCUUUCAGCAAGUCUGAGAUGCACAGUGUUUCCCAAGAGAUGAUUAACUUUUGGAUGCAUAAGACACAAAAUGCCUCCUUGCUGGACACUUUUUUUAAGGUGAAGGAGGUGAUGGAGAAAGCCACAGUUCUGCAGAAGGAGAUCUGCGAUGCUAUGCUCCGUAACAGUAAGCUGCAGGACAAGCUGAGGAGAACCCAGUACGAGGGUCUGCUUGUUGACCCCAUGGUGCAGUGCGGCGACCUGCUGGCACAAGUGCUGGGGAUCCCGUUGAUCUUCUCCCUGAGGUUUUCCUUCGGAUACACCAUAGAAAGGUUUUGUGGGCAACUUCCAACUCCGGCCUCUUAUGUUCCUGCUUCUCCUGUGCAGUUCUCAGACCGCAUGAGCUUUGUGCAAAGACUCAAGAAUGUGCUGCUCUAUACGUUUCAUUCCCUCCUUUUUUACAUUCACACAACGGUCAACUGGGAUCACUACUACAGUGAGAUUUUGGGGAAACCUACGACAGCAUGCGAGGUCAUGGGCAAAGCCGACUUGUGGUUGAUACGCACCAACUGGGACUUUGAUUACCCGCGACCUUUGUUACCCAACUUCCAGUUUGUAGGAGGUCUUCACUGCAAACCUUCUAACCCGCUGCCUGCUGACAUGGAAGAGUUUGCGCAGAGCUCAGGAGAUGAUGGGAUUGUGGUGUUCUCGUUGGGAACAAUGGUAGAGGACCUCACUCGAGAAAAGGCAAACAUGAUUGCCUCAGCACUGGGACAGAUUCCACAGAAGGUGAUCUGGGGCUACAGUGGGAUGAAGCCUGAGACACUGGCCCCCAACACCAGGGUUUAUGAUUGGAUUCCCCAGAAUGACCUGCUAGGUCAUCCCAAGACCAGGGCCUUCAUUACACAUGGAGGGACCAAUGGGCUGUAUGAAGCCAUCUACCAUGGUGUCCCAAUGGUUGGCAUUCCCAUGUUUGCUGACCAACCGGACAAUUUGUUCCACAUGGUAACGAAGGGAGCUGCUGUCAUGCUGGACCUCUACAACAUGCAGUCCAAAGACCUGGUUGAUGCAGUCAACAUUGUGAUCAAGGACCCAUCGUACAAAGAAAGUGCCAUGAGGUUGUCACGGUUUUAUCAUGACCAGCCAGAGAAACCUCUGGACCGUGCGAUCUUCUGGAUUGAGUUUGUGAUGCGAAACAAAGGAGCCAAGCAUCUCCGGGUUCAGGCCCAUAACCUGACCUGGUAUCAGUACUACUGUUUGGAUGUAUUUGCUGUGCUACUGGCUGCUGCUCUGCUGGCUGCUUCCAUCCUUCUGAAAACGUGCAGAGGCUGUUUCAAGAGGUGCUGCAGAAGCUUGAAGACAAAGUCCAAAAAGGAAUGAGUUUUCUCACUCAACCUCAAAAACUCAGCGAUUCACUGAAUACAUAAAAACACUCAUAUGUGAUCAUUCAUUCAAAUUAUCCCACAGAUAAGAUGCAGUAGUAGAUGUAGACUUUUCUACUGAUUCCUGAUUCAGCCACAUAUUUAUGAAAGAUGGUCAAAUAGUGGCUGUCGCGCCCCAGGCGGCACGCCCCUCCCUUGCACCUGUCGGUGAUCAUCAGCAGGCAAUAAGGGGGGCAGCUCGCUAGAGGACAAACCGCGGAACCUACUUCGGACACCGCUCUCACACCACCUGCAGUCUCUUAGUCUUGUUGUUUCCCUUUAGUCCUGCUCCUGUUCCCUCGUACGUUCCCCCGGCUCCCUGACCUCCUGUUCUCGUCUUCCUGGUUUCUGAGUAUCGCGAAUUCCCCUGGACAAUGUCUGCACAUUGGCUGACCCCUGCCUGUACCUCAACCAUUCUUUCGUCUUGCACCUUAGUAAAUACAGCACCUGCAUUUGAGUCCAGUCUCCUGUCCUGUCCUUCGCAAUGAUGACAGUGGCACUAAAGGGACAAAGCAAGUUCUAUAUUAAAGUUCCUUAACAGUAGUUGAAUGUAUGCUUCCCCCCUGUGCUUGGACCCUCUCUCAUACCAAGCAACCUCACACUGAAACGCAUUUAAAAUGUCUCUGGGAAUAUCUCUAACUAAACUACUAAAACAGGCCCCAUGAAUGAAGAACACGCUUGUUAAUUACCAGGACUAAUUUGUGUAAACAUCUCAGUUGGGCAGGGUGAGCAAUACCAUGACAGCCACUAUGCUGGACAAAUUGCUUAGAUUUCUUGCUGGAUUCAGGUAAAUUCCUCAAAGGGUUGAGGGGGAGGUCAGGCUCAAAACAGAAGGGAGGCUAGACCAUAGGGGCAGCUGGUAGCGUAGUGGUU